AUGGAGGAGGGCGGGGAGGACGGGAAGCCCAGCCGCCUGUGCCCCUCUCGGCCUCGCAGUCCUCCCAGCUCCAGCCGCCAGCUGCACAACUACCCCUGUGGGGAGCUCCUGGGCUUCAGUGGCUGCUCUGCCGUCAUCUUGGGCCGGGUCAGCAGCAGCUCCACCUCAUUCUGGGCCGGCGUCAAGGGGACGGCAGCCUUCAAGAGCAGGAGCCCCUUCAGCCUCUGGGGUGGCCGUUGUCUGGCCCUGAGCAUGGCCGAGCAGGCCAGGGUCCACGCACUGAGCCACUGUAUGGGCUCUGGCAGUGGCCGCCUGGGUAGCUGCAUGGGCCCCAUUUUCAGCAGUGCUCAGCUGGGGCCUGCGUGUUGGUCUGUGUGCCAGCCCGGUGGCAUCCCUCAGGUCACUGUCAGCAAGAGCCUCCUGGCCCCCCUCAACGUGGGGCUGGACCCUGAGAUCCAGAAGGUGUGUUCCCAGGAGUGGGAGCAGAUCAAGGCUCUGAACAACAAGUUCGCCUCCUUCAUCGACAAGGUGUGGUUCCUGGAGCAGCAGAACCAGGUGCUGGAGACCAAGUGGGACCUGCUGCAGCAGCUGGACCUAAACAAUGGCAAGAAGAACAUUUACGAGGGCUACAUCAGUGACCUGCAGAAGCAGCUGGAGGCACAGACAGGAGACAGGGUGCGGCUGGACUCGGAGCUGAGGAGCGUGCAUGAUCUGGUAGAGGACUACAAGAAGCGGUAUGAGGUGGAGAUUAACAGACACACAGUUGCUGAGAAUGAGCUUGUGGGGCUCAAGAAGGAUGUGGAUGCUGCCUACAUGAACAAGAUUGAGCUCCAGGCCAAGGUGGACUCCUUGACAGAUGAGAUCAGAUUCUUCAAAUGCCUCUGUGAAGGGGAGAUUGCUCAGAUCCAGUGUCACAUCAGUGACACGUCUGUCAUCUUGUCCUUGGACAACAACCGGGACGUGGACCUGGACAGCAUCAUUGCGGAGGUCUGCACCCAGUACAAGGACAUCACCCAGAGAAGCAAGGCCGAGGCCGAGGUGCUGUGCCAGACCAAGGUCCAGGAGCUACCAGUCACAGCUGGCCAGCAUGGCGAUGACUUCACACUCACGGCUGAGAUCUCAGAGCUCAACCGGCUGAUCCAGAGGAUCCAUUCAGAGAUAGGGAACAUGAAGAAGCAGUGCACCAACCCAGAGGCAGCCAUUGCUGAUGCUGAGCAGUGAGGCAACUGUGCCCUGAGGGAUGCCUGGGCCAAGCUGGACGAGCUGGAGGCCGCCCUGCACCAGGCCAAGGAGGAGCUGGCCUGGAUUCUGCAUGAGUACCAGGAGCUCAUGAACGUCAAGCUGGCCCUGGACAUGGAGAUCGCCACCUACCUCAAGCUGCUGGAGGGCGAGGAGAGCCGGAUGUCUGGUGAAUACCCCAACUCCAUGAGCAUCUCCAUCAUCAGCAACGCCAGCGCGGGGGCAAGGGCCGCUGGCUUCAGCGUGGGCUUUGGUGCCUCGAGUGGUUGCAGCUACAAACCUGCAGCAGAUGUCACCACCAAAGGCAGCUGUGGGAGCGACUUCAAGGAUCCCCUUGCCAAAACCUGGGGUGCAGCAGUGUGAGCAAAAAGCCCUUGAGAUGCCAGGCAGGCGGCAGGUGGCUCUGGGAGCAGACAGUUGCAGAAUGCAGCCUUCUCCUCCCUCUGCUCCUCUUGUCUCCCUCCUUCCCCGGUCCCCUCUCCAAGUCCGGAAGUGCUCCCUCUGUAACCACAACCCCAGCCCUAGCCCUUCUCCCUGUUGUCCUCAUCAGGGAGAUGCUCUGAUGCAGGAAAUCCAGUCACCUCCUUGGUCAUCUUUCACUGGGGCACUGCCCCCCGAGGCAGAGGUAACACACAUCCCCAGGAUGCCUCCCUGCAGCCAGGAGCAUGCUCCUCUAUUCCCAUGCUGUUCUUGGCCCUUAGUCCUCUCCUUGGGGUCAUGUCCAGCUAUCUGCUUCUCCCCCAGUAAAUGAU